AUGCCUGCCAUGCUCGACGAUCCCAGUGCUCCCACAAUCUACCGAACCUCGGGCUCAGCGCCCUUUCCAGAUCCUCACGAUACGAACCCCGCACUACCCCUCGAUGUAUACCCUCGACAAGUCACUUUACGUGACCGAGUGACAGUUGCUACAAUCGUACCUUUUGCGUCCCAAAAUCAAGUACCUCCCUCGCUUCUUGCAUAUCUAAGCGACCAAUUCAGGAAAGAGGUCGAGUUAGGCGACACUUAUCCUAUGAUUGACAGUAUGCCCGAGGAGAAGUUUGCAUCUUAUUGGUUUCAGAAUUUCGGGGCAGUAAUGCUUCUUGGCAAUCUUGAAUCCGCAGAUGAAGUAGUCGAAGGUAAAAACUGGGCUACAGAAUGCCUGGGAAGUUAUUAUAUCAAGCCUAAUUACCCGGGACGUAGCUCUCACGUCUGUAAUGCCGGAUUUCUCGUCACAGAUGCUGCGCGAGGUAGGGGUGUAGGACGUCUACUAGGAGAAAGCUAUCUCGACUGGGCUCCACGACUCGGCUACACAUAUUCGGUUUUCAAUCUCGUAUAUGAGACGAACGUAGCUUCUUGUCGCAUUUGGGACGCAUUAGGGUUCAAACGCAUUGGACGUAUCAAGGGGGCAGGAAACCUCAAGAGUUAUCCAGGGCAAUUCAUCGAUGCUAUCAUAUAUGGGCGAAAAUUAGGGCCAGAUGGCUCCGACUUCGUGAGUGAAGAACGCUUCGAUAAAAUCAAAUUCUACUUGAAACAUAAGGAAUAUCCAUUGGGUGCUGAUCGCGCGGAAAAAAGCAGACUUCGUAGCGCGGCCACACAUUACAAAUUACUACCGGACGAGGAUAAACUCAUGCUGAAGGGGAAGGAAGUCAUCAGUGACCCGCAAAAACAAUAUGAGAUUGCAAGGGCUACACAUGGGGAACUACAUACAGGAAUCAACAAAACCACAGCUAUUAUUGCCGAUCAAUAUCAUUGGGUUAGAAUCAAAGAGACGGUUAGUCUUGCAAUUAAGAACUGUGAAUCAUGCACAGACUUGGUGAAAGCGCCAGUUGUCAAACCAGAUUCCCAAGUCCAGCUACCCCGUCAAGCUACUCCUGAAAAACAAAAUGUAGUCGAUGCAAACAUACCAUCUCUACCCGAGCAACAUCAUCAGCAUAAUCAUCAACAACAGCAUCAGCAAUCACAGCCUUCCCAUUUGCAGCACGAUUUUCAGCAAAUACAACAACAUCAUCAAGACCACAACAGUACAUCCGUAUCGCCACAAGUGCUAAACCCAGGACUACCACCCCCUCCCCAUUCUCAUAUUAGCCCCAUCAUCCACCACCAACAACACCAACCACCAAUUUCCCAAAUGCAACUCCAUCAUGCCGAAUCUUGUACUCAAUCUCAAUCUCACUCUCACUCUCCACCGCAUAUGCAUUCUACCACAGAUUAUCUACAAAUCGAUCCACAAAUCAUGGAUUACACGCAUACGCCUCACUCUGAAAAUGCACAUUUCGACACGCAUCACGAACACGACACGGAUUCUUUCCAGGCGAUGUUGAGAGAUAGGGAUGCGGAUGGGGUCCUGGAGGAUGAUGGGGGCAGUGGCGCGGAUGGAGAUAUAAAUGAUAUGCUUAUGGAUCCGGAUGAGGUUGAGAUUAACGUCGAAGGACAAUCCGGAGAUUUUACAGCGGUGGAUGGGAAUCAUAUUGGGGGUCAUGUACAUGUAAGUCAUAAUGGGACCAUGGAUCAUCCGAUGGGAGAUAAAAUACAUGAAUCCCAUGAAGAUGUGAUGGCCACGGCGAGGGCGGCGCAGGAAAUGAUUUUAAGGGCGGGAAUAGAGGGGAAUGUGGGAUGA